CGGAGCAUGAAAUCCGUGACUGACAGGGCUGGGCAGAGUGAAGACUGAGACCAGACGAGCCAGCGGACCCCAACCGCGGCUUGCCCGGGGGGCGCGGGGGUCGAGGCCAGAAGGCCCGCUGUGGGGCGAAGCUGCCCGGGCCCUAGCGACAGGGGCCGGAGUGGCAGGCCGGAGCGCAGGCUCGGAACUGACACCGGGCUGGGGCCGCCCUGGGCUGGGGACUCUCGGAUGUGGAGCGGACCGACGGUCAGGGAUGGCCGGGCCGCCUCCGGGCCGGGGCCGCAAUUGGCAGGCCCGACCUGAGGCAGGGAGGCCAGGCCCGGGGCCACCUAAACUGUCGGCCCGGGGCCUCCGCUGUCUGCGGCGUACACCGCGGGUAGCAAAACUCCCGAAGCCCGGCGGAUGGGCGGGGUGGGACGGCCGAGCCGAGAGCGAGGGAACGGGGUUGGGGGAGAGGCCGAGAGGCUGGGGGCGCCGUGGCCUGUUUGACGGCCCAGGGGCUGAAGGGAGCGCACCGACGCCUCGCUGCUGAUCCGCCCGCAGAGCAGCCCUCCCAGGCCCAAUACUUCAAAGCAUCUUACCUCUGCUCAAUAUAUAUUACUUGGAAAGGAUUGAGGAAACUGCUCUCAAAAAAGGUCUCUCCACUCAGGCCAUCUGGCGCCGACUCUGGGAUGAGCUGAUGAAAACAAGGCCUUCCAGUUUGGAGAGUGUGACUUGCUGGAGAGCCAAGUUUAUGGAGGCCUUUUUUUCCCAUGUUCUACGUGGAACCAUUGACGUGUCUUCUGAUAAGCGUCUUUGUGAUCAACGCUUCUCACCUCUUCUGCACAGCUCCCGUCAUGUCCGACAGCUCACCAUCUGCAAUAUGCUGCAGGGAGCAACUGAGCUAGUGGCAGAACCCAACCGCAGGGUUCUAGAGACCCUGGCCAGUUCUCUGCAUACCCUUAAAUUCCGCCACCUGCUGUUCUCUGAUGUAGCUGCUCAGCAGUCACUUCGGCAGCUCUUGCAUCAGCUCAUUCACCAUGGGGCCGUUAGCCAAGUGUCGCUGUACUCCUGGCCUGUGCCUGAGUCAGCCCUUUUCAUCCUUAUCCUCACCAUGAGUGCUGGGUUUUGGCAGCCAGGCCCUGGUAGCUUGCCUUGUCGUCUCUGUGGUGAAGCCUCCCGUGGCCGGGCCCCAUCCCGAGAUGAAGGGUCCUUAUUGCUAGGUUCACGACGGCCUCGGCGGGAUGCAGCAGAGAGAUGCGCAGCAGCGCUAAUGGCCACCCGGCGGAAGAGUGAAGUGAAGCAGAUGCCCAGGGCUGUACCUACCACUCGUGUAACACGCCGCAGCACACAAGAGAGCCUGACGAUAGGCGGGACAGACUCAAAGAGGGAGCUGUGUUCUCCAGCCACCUCUUAUGAGGCUUCUGGCACAAGGCAGCCAUCUUCUGCUCCAGCUGCCUCUGCUUCUGCCUCCUCUUCCACGUCAUCCAAACGGGCUCCAGCUAGCUCAGCCUCACAGCCUAAGCCCUUAAAGCGUUUCAAACGAGCUACAGGGAAGAAGGGUGCCCGCACCCGUCAGGGGUCUGGUGCAGAGUCUGAAGACCUUUAUGACUUUGUUUUUAUCGUGGCUGGUGAGAAGGAGGAUGGUGAAGAAAUGGAGAUUGGUGAAGUAGCUUGUGGAGCCCUGGAUGGAUCAGAUCCCAGCUAUUUGGGGCUCCCAGCGCUGGAGGCAUCCCAGCGAUUCCGCAGCAUUUCCACCUUGGAGCUGUUCACAGUUCCUCUCUCCACAGAGGCAGCUCUGACACUGUGCCACCUGCUGAGCUCCUGGGUAUCACUGGAGAGCCUUACACUUUCCUACAAUGGCCUGGGCUCUAAUAUCUUCCGACUACUGGACAGCCUGCGGGCCCUGUCAGGCCAGGCUGGAUGCCGCCUCCGUGCCCUGCAUCUCAGUGACCUAUUCUCACCAUUGCCCAUCCUGGAAUUGACUCGUGCCAUUGUGCGAGCCUUGCCCUUGCUCCGGGUCCUGUCUAUUCGUGUUGACCACCCAAGCCAGAGGGACAACCCUGCUGUACCAGAGAGUGCUGGGGCUCCUGGCCACAUAAUUGGGGAUGAGGAAAUACCAGAAAACUGCCUAGAGCAGUUGGAAAUGGGAUUUCCACGAGGAGCUCAGCCAGCCCCACUGCUUUGCUCUGUUCUGAAGGCCUCAGGUUCUCUACAGCAGCUGUCACUGGACAGUGCCACCUUUGCCUCUCCCCAGGAUUUUGGGCUUGUGUUGCAAACACUCAAAGAAUACAACCCGUCCCUGAAAAGGCUGAGCUUCCAUGAUAUGAAUCUUGCAGACUGUCAGAGUGAGGUGCUGUUUUUGCUACAGAAUCUGACCCUUCAAGAGAUUACCUUCUCCUUCUGCCGUCUGUUUGAGAAGCGCCCAGCCCAAUUUCUUCCUGAGAUGGUUGCUGCUAUGAAAGGAAACUCGACACUGAAGGGCCUUCGACUACCAGGGAACCGCCUGGGGAAUGCUGGCCUGUUGGCCCUAGCAGAUGUUUUCUCAGAGGACUCUUCCUCUUCUCUCUGUCAGUUGGAUAUCAGUUCCAACUGCAUCAAGCCAGAUGGGCUUCUGGAGUUUGCCAAGCGACUAGAGCGCUGGGGUCGUGGAGCCUUUGGUCACCUACGCCUCUUCCAGAACUGGCUAGACCAGGAUGCAGUCACAGCAAGGGAAGCAAUACGGCGGCUCCGGGCUACCUGCCAUGUGGUCAGCGACUCGUGGGACUCAUCCCAGGCCUUUGCAGAUUAUGUCAGCACCAUGUGAUGGGGUCCGUACCUCACAGGCCCAUCCUCAGUACCAUCAGCUUGCAGGGGCUGAGGUAUGGGCUGCCCAGAAUCCCCAGCCACCGAUUCUGUCAUUCUCCUUCCACUUUGUCUAUUUUUGUUUUGUUUUCAUCUUCCCUUGCACUGAGGUCCUGGAGGCCUUGAUGAGGCCCAGCAAAGGCAUUCCCAUAACUGAGUUCAGAGGCUUUAUGCCACUUACUCAGUACUCUGGGAACCCCAGGUCAGGAGGUUAUAGGUCAUUAUCUUUACUGAGAAAAGCUCCCAACCCUGCUCUGGGGUUACCUGCUUUACUCCUCAAGCAGGCACCCAGGCUUUAGAGACAUAUAGAAAUGCCCACCACGAGGCCUCUUCCCUCCUGGGCUUACCAAUCUGUUCCCAGGCCUCAGUCCCUUUCAUGCCUUUAUUCCUUUCUUUUUUUUUUUUAAACCAAAAAAAGUUUUUCUUACAAAAUAAAUUUUGGGCAAACAUCA